GAAAGGGAGUCAGCGAGCGGCCAGAGAGAGAGAAGUAUAAAGCAAGAGAAAUAAAAGAGAUUGGCAUAGUGGGAAUAGCACAAUCCUCUCUGCGAGUAUAUCAAUGAAUCCUUGAAGUUUUCUCUUCCUGUUUCUCGCGCUAUUCUCGAUAACCAAACACCUUAAUCUUCCCCGCCCGCCCUAGGGUUUCUCCAUUUUGAUCUUCGUAACCGAUCCAAAAAUGGGAAAAGGAGGAGAAGGUUGUGGAAAAGGAGAAAUGAUUACCUCUCGACCAACCGCCGAUCCAGAUGUAUUUCCUGCUUGGGCCAAAGAUAUCCAAGAAUGCGAGAAGCGUUACCAAGUUAACAAAAAAUUGGGAUUAUCAUCGGCGGAAGUCGAAAAUCGGCGCAAGAUCUACGGCUACAAUGAGUUGGAAAAACACGAAGGGCAAUCGAUAUGGAGUUUAAUCCUUGAACAGUUCAACGACACGUUAGUUCGAAUCUUGCUUGUGGCAGCAGUAGUUUCUUUUGUCCUGGCUUGGUACGACGGUGAAGAAGGCGGUGAAAUGGAAAUUACCGCUUUCGUUGAACCGUUGGUAAUAUUUUUGAUCUUGAUCGUCAACGCCUUCGUCGGUGUUUGGCAAGAGAACAACGCGGAGAAAGCAUUGGAAGCUUUAAAAGAGAUCCAAUCGGAACAAGCCACGGCGAUCCGAGAUGGAGUGAAAAUUCCAAACUUGCCGGCUAAAGAGCUCGUUCCCGGUGAUAUCAUCGAACUGAAAGUGGGGGAUAAAGUCCCGGCCGACAUGAGAGUUUUAGAGUUAGUUAGUUCCACUUUGAGAGUCGAGCAAGGUUCGUUAACGGGAGAGAGCGAGGCGGUUAAUAAAACCAACAAGUUAGUUAGCGAAGACGCUGAUAUUCAAGGGAAAAGAAGCAUGGUUUUUGCCGGAACAACGGUGGUUAACGGAAAUUGUUUCUGUUUGGUUACACAAAUUGGGAUGGAAACGGAGAUCGGGAAAGUCCACGCUCAAAUCCAUGUGGCGGCGCAGAGCGAAGAAGAUACGCCGUUGAAGAAGAAGUUGAAUGAGUUUGGGGAGGUUUUGACGAUGAUUAUUGGGGUAGUUUGUGUCUUUGUUUGGUUGAUUAAUGUUAAAUACUUCCUUAGUUGGGAAUUUGUGGAUGGUUGGCCAAGGAAUUUUAAAUUUUCCUUCGAGAAAUGUACCUAUUAUUUUGAGAUUGCGGUCGCAUUGGCUGUUGCUGCCAUUCCUGAAGGAUUGCCGGCGGUUAUAACUACUUGUUUAGCACUUGGAACACGAAAAAUGGCUCAAAAGAAUGCGCUGGUGAGGAAGUUACCCAGUGUUGAGACAUUGGGAUGUACUACUGUGAUUUGCUCUGAUAAAACAGGGACCUUGACUACCAAUCAGAUGGCAGUGGCUAAGCUUGUGGCUAUGGGAGGUGAUGCGGGUACGUUGAGGAGUUUUAGGGUUGAUGGGACUACGUAUAAUCCUUCUGAUGGGAAAAUACAUGAUUGGCCAAGUGGUGGAAUGGAUGCUAAUCUUCAAACUAUCGCGAAGAUUGCUGCUAUAUGUAAUGAUGCUGGUGUUACGCAUUCUGAAAAUAAGUUUGUUGCUCAUGGAAUGCCUACUGAGGCAGCAAUAAAGGUUCUUGUUGAGAAAAUGGGCCUCCCAAAAGGAUCUCUUAGCGGUGGAUCAGCUGGCAGUGAUAUUCUACGUUGUUGCCAAUGGUGGAAUGAGUAUGAGCGUCGGAUUGCAACCCUUGAGUUCGAUCGUGAUAGGAAGUCAAUGGGUGUUAUUGUCAAUUCCAAAUCAGGACGAAGGUCAUUGUUAGUGAAGGGAGCUGUAGAAAAUUUAUUGGAGAGAAGCUCAAAGAUGCAGUUGUGUGAUGGUUCUGUUGUACCACUGGAUCAGAAUUCUAGGAACCUUGUUUCCUGUGCUCUUCAAGAUGUGUCAAGCGGUCAAUUGCGGUGCUUGGGUUUUGCAUACAAAGAUGAGCUCCCUGAGUUUGAAACCUAUGAUGGUGGUGAUGACCAUCCGGCUCAUGACCUUUUACUUGACCCAUCCAACUAUUCAUCAAUUGAGAGCAAUCUCACUUUUGUUGGCUUGGUUGGAUUGAGGGACCCUCCUCGUGAAGAGGUCCAUCAAGCAAUUGUGGACUGUAAAGCAGCUGGUAUUCGUGUUAUGGUUAUUACUGGAGAUAACAAGGAUACAGCAGAAGCUAUAUGCCGUGAAAUAGGUGUAUUUGGACCCACUGAAGACAUCAGUUCAAAAAGUUUAAUUGGAAAGGAAUUUAUGGAGCUGUUGGAUAAGAAAGCUCAUCUGAGACAAAGUGGUGGGCUUCUAUUUUCUAGGGCUGAACCAAGGCACAAGCAAGAGAUAGUGAGAUUGCUAAAGGAAGAUGGAGAGGUGGUUGCUAUGACUGGUGAUGGAGUGAAUGAUGCACCUGCCUUGAAACUGGCUGAUAUAGGGAUUGCAAUGGGCAUUGCUGGAACAGAGGUUGCAAAGGAAGCUUCCGACAUGGUAUUGGCAGAUGACAAUUUUAGUACAAUUGUUGCUGCUGUUGGUGAAGGCAGAUCCAUUUACGACAACAUGAAAGCUUUUAUCAGGUACAUGAUCUCUUCAAAUAUUGGUGAGGUUGCCUCCAUAUUUCUAACAGCUGCUUUGGGUAUACCUGAGGGCCUGAUUCCUGUCCAGCUUCUCUGGGUCAAUCUUGUUACAGAUGGACCACCUGCAACAGCAUUGGGAUUCAAUCCUCCAGACAAGGACAUCAUGAAGAAGCCUCCUCGCAGAAGUGAUGACUCACUCAUCACUGCUUGGAUUCUAUUCCGCUAUCUGGUCAUUGGACUAUAUGUUGGAAUGGCCACUGUUGGUGUCUUCGUCAUUUGGUAUACGCAUGGUUCCUUCUUGGGCAUAGAUCUAAGUGGGGAUGGCCACACCCUUGUCAGAUACUCCCAGCUUGCCAAUUGGGGCCAGUGCUCAUCCUGGGAAAAUUUCACCGUUUCACCUUUCACAGCUGGUACUCAGGUCUUCUCCUUUGAAAACAAUCCCUGUGAUUAUUUCCAGGGUGGCAAAGUAAAAGCAAUGACCCUUUCCCUCUCUGUUUUGGUUGCCAUUGAAAUGUUCAACUCCCUUAAUGCCCUUUCUGAGGAUGGGAGCCUCCUGACAAUGCCUCCAUGGGUCAACCCUUGGCUCCUUCUGGCCAUGUCUGUGUCAUUUGGCCUGCACUUCUUGAUCCUCUAUGUGCCAUUCCUUGCUCAAGUAUUUGGUAUCGUGCCUUUAAGCUUUAACGAAUGGCUACUGGUUCUCGCUGUUGCAUUCCCUGUGAUUUUGAUCGAUGAGAUCUUGAAGUUCAUAGGGAGGUCUACAAGUGGGAUUCAAUCAUCCAGGCAAAGACCUUUAAAGCCCAAAUCAGAGUGAGAGAGAGAGCUUGGUCGAAAUUCGAGAAGUUGGAUGGUGCUUCUGAUACUGCAUCUCAAUAGAUGAAAUUCUUGGGUUUGCUCUUCGACACCUAUUCUUAUCAUCUGAGUUCUCUUCUUGGUACCAUCUGUAACCCCCGCUCAAUUUUACAAAGGGGGAUGGUUUGGGCCACAAAGAACUAGCUAAACUAUUCCUUUGUCACUGCUGUUUCCUAGGUUUUGUUUAAAUUCAAUUUUUUAAACUGUUAGGAAAUGCAAAAAUAGAAGUAUUUUUUGAAUUAGCAACUCUUACUCUGUUAAUCAUUUGCAAGCUUUUCUUCCAUUAGUAACUGUUA